UCAGUUUCUUAAGCGUUUCUUUUUACUGCCUGUUAAUAUAUAAAUUAUUUUAGUAUUAUGUAAUUAAAAUUUAUUUUAGUUGAUUUUUUGUAAACAUAAUGUUAUAGAAUUGGUUUUGAUUUCAUUGUUUUUCUUGCAAUUUUGAUUCCUCUAUUGGUUAUUUGCUUAAUGGAGCUUGAUAGUGGUCGUUGAAGCGGCUUUACAGAUCAAUUCAGAACUCUUUAUUUGUUUUUCCUCUGAGAGUUUCGAUGACAAUUGGCGAAUAGAGGGUAAAAAUGUUUAUGGAUGUGCUCCGUGUGCGGUUUCCUGCGAGGUGAUGCUCUUUUCUGUUUCUGUUUGCUGGAACAGAAGAGGUUGGGUUCUGAAAGCGGAAGCUAUGCGUCAUUCGUUUUGUGUACUGAAAAGAAUUUUUGACUGUUCAGCUAUUGCCCCUUCCUUAUUGUUAUCAUUAUUACUGUUGUUAUCUGGAUUCUUCAACCUGAUUAGCAGGGUGUGUCUAGAUGAGCUUCGAUAGUGAUGGGAACGUACAAGACUUGAUGGAACCAAAACAUCCGCUCUGCAAUGGGGAAAAGAGAGUUAAGGAUAGAAUUGUGAAGGAGGAGCAAAAUUUAUCUCAACAUCAUGGUUUUAAAGACAAUGACAUUGCUGGAAACAUAGAGGACAGGCAUGAAAGGGCUCCUAAGGCCCCAUCAGCAUCACUACAAAUAUCCAAACAACAACAAUCUCAAGGAGCAAUAGUUUGCUGGGAGAGGUUUCUCCCUUUGAGAUCUCUCAAGGUCCUUCUGGUGGAAAAUGAUGAUUCUACUCGCCAUGUUGUUGCUGCACUGCUUCGCAACUGCGGUUAUGAAGUAAUUGAAGCAAAAAAUGGAUUGCAAGCCUGGAGGAUACUAGAAGAUUUGGCCAAUCAGAUUGACCUUAUUUUAACUGAGGUAGUAAUGCCUUGCUUAUCUGGAAUUGGUCUUCUGUGCAAGAUUAUGACUCACAAAACACGCAAGAAUGUUCCUAUUAUCAUGAUGUCUUCUCAUGACUCCAUGGGUUUAGUCUUCAAGUGUCUGUCAAAAGGAGCUGUUGAUUUUUUAGUGAAACCUAUACGAAAGAAUGAGCUUAAGAACCUUUGGCAGCAUGUUUGGAGAAGAUGUCAUAGUUCUAGUGGUAGUGAUAGUGGGAGUGAAAGUGGCAAUCAAAGUCAAAAAUCUGUAAAGUCCAAAGGUGUUGAUAGGUCUGACAAUGACUCUGAAAGCAAUGAUGAUGAGGAGAAUGGAAGCAUUGGAUUAAUCAUUGGGGAUGGAAGUGGCAAUGGGAGUGGCACCCAGAGCUCUUGGACAAAACAAGCUGUAGAGAUGGACAGUCCUCGGCCAGUUUCUCCAAUGGAUCAAUUUGCUGAAAGUCCUGACAGCACUUGUGCUCAAGUUAUUCACUCAAAUGCUGAAGUUCCGGAUACCAAUUAUGUUUCUAUAAUCGCUGCUAAGAAGCACAAAGAACCAGAGGAGCAACUUGGUAUACAUUAUCAUCUCUCAAACUCUGCAGCUGGUAAAGAGUUUGAGAUAGCUGUGACAGGAAAUUUAGAUAUACAACUUGAAUGCCAAAUUUCAAAUCCCAGCAAACUUGUUAACACAAAACAAAAGAAUCUCCUUGAUAGGAUGUCGGGUAAAUUUAACAAGCAAAGUGAUAAAGGACAGCUGGACCUCAAUAGUGAGAAUCCAUUGAGCACAUUAAAAUAUGAAGCUGCUAAUUUGGAACGUUUCACCCCCAACAUUACUGAUCCCCAUAUGGACAUCAAAGAGAUUGAGGCCACAAAGAGACAUUCAAAAAUCUCAGAUAUGAAAAGUAAGGCCUCUAGUGAUGCUAAAGAGACACCAUCCGUUGAACUUAGUUUGAAAAGACGUAGGGGGUCUGAGGAUAUAGGGUCAGUAGCUCAGGAGGACCGCAAUAUCUUGAGACGUUCAGACUCUUCAGCCUUUUCAAGGUAUAAUGCAGCCUCAAAUGGAAAUAAGGCACCUUGUGCAAACAUUAAAAGUGGUUCUCAGCAUGAUUCUAGUUUGUAUUUUGAUGAAAAAGGAUUAGUUUGUGACCUGAAGUGUCAUUUAAAUGGUAAUCUUCCUAAUCAUUGCUCACAUGUUGACAGUAACUUUGAUAUGGGCUCUACCACAAAUAAUACUAUCGCCAAUUCAGUAACCUUGAAAAAUAAGUUAGAACAUCCAACGUGUAGUUCCCAGCCUGUGAGAAAUGAUCCUCAAUGUGUCCCUCGGCAAAUUAUAUCGGAGAAGGCUGAUGACAUAGCAGGUACAAGGUCACAAGCUCAAUCAAGAGGUAGCAUUAAGGAAUGUGAAAUUCAGCAUCUCACUCAACCUUACAAUCAUUGCCAUCUUCUUCCACACAACAUAAUACCGCAGCAGCCACAACUGCCUCCGGAGCAUGAUAAUUCUUCUAUGAAAGAAAUGGCUGCAGCUGUUCCACAUUGUGGGUCAUCAAAUGUGUUGGAUGGGCUUGUUGAAGAUAAUGGUGGCAACUACAGUAUUAAUGCAAGUGCCUCGGGUAGUAACCAUGGCAGCAACCACGGGAGCAAUGGACAAAAUGGGAGCAGCACUGCAGUUAAUGCCAGAGUAAAUAAUGUAGAAAGUGACAAUGGCAUAGUUAGGAAAUGCGUAGGUGAGGAUGGUAGUGGAAGUGGUAGUGGGGAUGGAAAAAGAGGAGAUCAAAACAAGUUUUCUCAAAGAGAAGCUGCCUUGAUAAAGUUUCGAAAGAAAAGAAAGGAUAGAUGCUUCCGGAAAAAGGUUCGCUACCAAAGCAGGAAGAGAUUAGCGGAGCAACGGCCUCGUGUACGGGGACAAUUUGUGCGGCAGACAUCUAAUGAGAGCAUGAACAGAGGGACAGAGAGCUAAUUUUAUACGAUGGUUGAAGUAAACCGCAUAUGGAGCAUGACAUAAUUAGAUUAAGAACACGAACUGCAAUUUGUUUGUUGUAACUUUGAUUCCUGGACUGUAUUUUAUUACUUGUAACUUUCUGAACUGCUACUUCCAGAGGGAGAUAGUCAUCUAAGCAAUGACUAUCCUCCCGCAAUAAAUUGCCAUUUACAUUCUGUGUAUAUGGAGUUUGAUUAAACAUGGGAUUGUUUGUGAUAAAAAGACAUUAUAUUGUUGA